AUGGAGAUCGCCUCUCACGGGGUCUCGAACGGCGUCUCAACGCCGACCCCGGCCUCCCUGGUAGAUUCGAGCGCCGUCAUACAUUUUCUGGUCGAAGUGUUGCAAGUGACCUUGGGAGCUCUGAGAAUCGAGCUGGAAGGCGCUGGUAGCUUGCUAUCGAAGGAAAAGUAUGAAGAAACGGUACAGAGAUGUACGCGGUUCGCAUCGGAGUCUCAGAUGGCUCUUUAUGUGCAGAAGGAUAUUGUCGGAUCGGAGGUGACCAACGGCGCGGAUGACGGUGAAGUAUCGUCGACCCAGUAUGUUUACAACGUCUCCACCGAGAUUUCUUCGUCCUCUACCACGGUCGCAUCGGUCGCCUUCAUAAAACGCCCGGCCUCUAUCGAUCCUACGCUUCCGAUCUCCUCUCAAAUCCAGGUGAUGAACCUUCCGGGAUUGGCAUCACUCAAUACCCAAGCGCCGCAGGGUGGCUCUUUGUCUCCGUAUGAGAUCCUACAUUUGCUGGUCCACCAUGGUCUUAGCCCCUACUUCGAAGCCUAUGCCCGAAACCAAGAUGCCAUGGGUGGUCUGAAACCGAGGACAGACACGGAGGUGAAGACCGGUGUUCCGGGGACGAAAAAGAAAUUUGCGGAGCUGGAGCUGGGCCUACUGCAUCUGCAGCAGAAUGUUGAGAUUCCGGCCUUGAAUCUGCCUCUGCAUGAGGUAGUCCAGGCCGCACUUGCGGAGGCGGAAAGACGACGAACAAGGCCUUCUGUGGAGCUGGUCGACCCGAAAGUACUUGAGAGUAGCACCUUUAUCAACAGCAUCCAAAACAACGUGAAUGCCUGGAUCCGGUCCAUCCAGACCAUCACGAAAAUGUCCCGUGAUGCCGACAGCGGAUCAGCAGCGCAAGAAAUCAAUUUCUGGCUGUCGAUGGAAACUGCUCUUGAGGGAAUUGAAAAUCAGCUGCGCGGUGAUGGUGUGCAGUUGACCAUGGAUAUACUUCGUCAUGCAAAGCGAUACCAGGCGACUCUUAGUUUUGUGGCCGACACUGGUUUGCGCGAGGCAACAGACCUUGUCCAGAAGUACAACCAGCUGAUGCGAGAUUUUCCAUUGGACGAGCUCUUGUCUGCCACUACCCUCCAGAAAGUGCAGGAAUCUUUGAGUCUGAUCUUCAACCACCUCAACAAAAAGUUGAAGAUUUGUCCCUAUCCCAUCAAGCGAGCUCUUGCGCUUGUGGAAGCCAUUUCAGGAGACCUCGACACCCAAAUCCACACGCUGCUGCAUGGUAGGACUAUCCUGCAUCUGGACUACCGUGAGUUCCGUGCCUUGAUGAAGACUGCUGGCGCUAUCUGGAGAACUUGGGAUGAGAACCUCAAAGAGUUCACCAACGUUGCCCGAGACUCCACAAGACGUCGAAACGAAAAAUUCAUCCCAAUUAAGAUCACCGCGCGUCACGAAAAGACACAGGAGCGUUUGAAAUAUAUCAAUACAUUCCGUGUCAAUCACGAGCAACUUCAAAGGACUAUUGUGAACGUUUUGGGUCCGAGCACUUCAUCGUCAGCGGAAACUGCCGCCGGAGCUGGCUCCGAUGGCGCCGUCGUCGUUGAGGAGAUUGGAGACGUGGACGCUGUCGAGGAAGUUGCAGAGGCGUACGCUGCUUUGAAGAACGUGGAUGUGCUGGAUGUCUCUGAAGAAGGCACCGAGCAGUGGAUCAAAGAAGAGAUCGCGUACAAUGAGCGGACUUCCCGUGUUGAGAACUCUAUCAUUGCACGCCUCAGAGAUCGUCUUGCGACAGCAAAGAAUGCCAAUGAGAUGUUUCGCGUUUUCUCCAAAUUCAACGCCCUCCUGGUGCGCCCCAAGGUCAGGGGUGCCAUUGUGGAGUACCAGACCCAGCUCAUAGAGAACGUCAAGCAAGAUAUCUCAGCCUUGCAUGAACGAUUCAAGCAACAGUAUGCUCAUUCCGAGGCACACGCAAUGGCGCAACUACGGGAUCUCCCCCCAGUUUCUGGUGCCAUCGUGUGGGCCCGCCAGAUUGAACGCCAGCUCGAUGGGUACAUGCGCAAAGUUGAAAAUGUGCUCGGAGAAGAUUGGCAUCUUCAUGCUGAAGGUGGGAAACUUGAUAGCGAGGCGAAAAUGUUCCGAAAGAAACUGGACACUCGCCCGGUCUUCGAGUCGUGGCUGCAUGAUGUGCAGAGACGCCAUAUCACGAUCUCUGGCCGACUGUUUAACGUCGUCCGCAACCGUGCUGCGGGCAAUACUUUGGAGCUCACAGUCAAUUUUGAUGCCCAAGUUAUUGCUUUGUUUAAAGAAGUGAGAAACCUGAUCUGGCUGAACUUCCAGGUACCUCACGCCGUCAGCAACAUAUCGAAGGAAGCCAAACGGGUUUACCCCUACGCCAUCAGCCUCAUGGAGAGUGUGCGCACAUUGCUCCAAACGAACCGCUCAAUUCUAGGCAUGACCGAUGUUGCCAUCCUGUUGAAUGGAUAUGUGAAUGAUGCGCAAGGCAUGAUUGUGAAAGGUGUCCCCCUCAGAUGGGAAUCAUUCGUCCACUCAUACGAGCUCCAUGUUAAGCAGUCUGCGUUAGCCAACGGUGCUAUUGACUCCGCAAUUUCAGGGCGAGGAGAAAGCAAACAUGUGCAGUUUGUCCGCGAAUUUGCUGGAUCAGCGUCUGUUCUUCAAUCCAAGACGGCUGUUUUGACAGCGAUCAACGAGAAUAUCCAGAAGGCCAUUCAUGAAUUAAAAACGUGUCCCUAUGACUCUUCCGCUUUCAAACAACGCCUGGAUUCCAUUCAGGUCGCCGUUGAUAAGCUGAACCUGGAGAAUUAUGUCAACCUCGGAUAUUGGGUUGCCAACCUAAACCAGAAAAUCGAGUCUAUUUUGAGCGACCGUCUUCACCGCGCGAUCAGGGAAUGGAUCAAUUCAUUCCAGGAGGCAAAGGAUGGCCAGUCGAACAUGCAGAUGAUGAACGGUAAAAACCAUCUUUCUACUGGCGAGCCGGAAGUUCCGGCUUACAAUAUUGAAUUCUCAGAACUUGUCCAUGAAAUCUCUAUGCGCAAUCAAGUUCUUCACCUUGAUCCGCCUUUGCAAUUCGCUCGAGCGAGCUGGUUCUCGCAGUUCGAUAACUGGCUGGGCAUUGUUUGCAACCUCGAAAAGAUCAAGGCGUCCCGAUACCAAAUCUCUAUUGAUAUCCAAAAGGUCCAUUUGUCUGAAGCGUGCUUUGCUAUCCUUCCGCAGCACUGUACGAAUGAGCUCAGUCAGGUUUACAAUGCUGUCGACGUGAGACUGAAAGAGGUAUCGGAAUAUGUUGACAAGUGGCUGCAGUUCCAGUCAUUGUGGGAUCUACGUUCCGAGCAGGUUUAUGACAUCCUCGGUGACGAUUUGUCUCAGUGGCUCCAACUGCUCCAAGAGAUCCGGAAGAGCCGAGCCACGUUUGAUACCUCAGAAGUCAGCCGCUCCUUUGGUAACAUCAAGAUCGAUUACGAGCAGGUGCAGACUAGGGUCAACGCAAAGUACGACCAAUGGCAACAUGAAAUUCUUCUCAAGUUCGGAGCCAAACUAGGGGGCCGCAUGCGAGAAGUUCACUCUGAGAUCGCCUCAGCGCGGCGUGACCUCGAAGGACAAACCUUGGAAGCUGCUUCCACUGCCCAUGCCGUUUCCUUUAUCACAAUCGUCCAGCAGUGCAAGCGGAAAGCCAAGGUCUGGGAGCCAGAAGUCGAUCUCUUCCGCCAGGGCCAAGCCACACUUGCACGCCAGCGUUACCAAUUCCCGAGUGACUGGCUCCACGUGGAGAAUGUUGAUGGCGAAUGGGCUGCCUUGAAUGAGCUGCUUGCCCGGAAGAGCAAGAUUGUACAAGACCAAACGGAAGGCUUACGGGCGAAGAUUGCCGCCGAAGACAAGGUCAUCGGGGACAAGAUUGCUGAAGUCAUCUCCCAGUGGAACGAAGAAAAGCCCGUGUCUGGAACUAUACCCCCUGACGAGGCGUCUCGUACUCUAAGCUCGUUCCAGUCGCGCCUUGAGGCUCUUCAAUCUGAAUUUGAGAUGGUAUCUAAAGCCAAGGAAGCUCUUGAUCUCCCAGCAAGCGUCGAGUCUUCUUUGCCAGCAAUUUUGGAGGAGGUACAAGACUUCAUGUCUGUGUGGGCAGCUUUGUCCACCAUCUGGAAGAGUUUGAAUGAUCUCAGAGACGGGUUGUGGACGAGUGUGCAACCCCGGAAACUUCGUCAGUCCAUCGACGGCCUAAUCAAGAUGACCAAGGAAAUGCCUAGCAGAAUGCGCCAAUAUGCUGCUUUCGAGCAUAUCCAAAACGUCCUCCGGAAAUUGCUCAAAGUAAACCCGUUGCUUUCUGAUAUGAAGUCUGAAGCUGUCCGAGAACGACACUGGCAGAAGAUUUACAAGUCGCUCAAGCCUGGCCAAAGGUUCUCUCUCGUUUCGCUCACCCUUGGAGAUGUGUGGGAUCUACAGCUCACCGCCAGUGAGCCCGUGAUUCGCGGCAUCAUUGCCCAGGCCCAAGGUGAAAUGGCACUGGAAGAAUUCCUGAAAUCGGUCCGCGAGACUUGGCAGAACUAUUCCCUCGACCUUGUUAACUAUCAGAACAAGUGUCGCCUGAUUCGCGGCUUCGAUGAUCUGUUUGCGAAAUGUAGCGAAAACCUGAAUUCCUUGCAAGCAAUGAGGCAUUCGCCUUACUAUAAAGAGUUUGAGGAAGAGGCUUCAUCUUGGGAAGACAAGCUCAAUCGAGUGCAUGUCCUCUUUGACGUGUGGAUCGAUGUUCAAAGACAGUGGGUUUACUUGGAAGGCGUGUUUACCGGAAAUGCCGACAUCAAGCACCUUCUUCCUCUUGAAUCCAGCCGCUUCCAGAACAUUAACUCCGAGUUCUUUGCCGUCAUGAAGAAGGUCUAUAAGUCCCCUUUCGUGCUCGAUGUGCUUGCAAUCAACGGUGUGCAAAAGUCGCUGGAGCGACUGGCUGAGCUGCUGAACAAGAUCCAGAAGGCAUUGGGCGAGUAUUUGGAGCGAGAGCGUAUAUCUUUCCCUCGGUUCUAUUUCGUUGGUGACGAAGAUCUCCUUGAGAUUAUUGGCAACAGUAACGAUAUCUUCCGUGUGGCAAAGCAUUUCAAGAAGAUGUUUGCUGGUCUAUCAGGUGUCCUCAUGGAUGACGAGAACAACAUUACCGGCUUUACUUCUAAGGAAGGAGAGGAGGUUCGACUGAAAAAGGAAGUCAACCUUCUCAAGACCCCUAGGAUCAACGACUGGCUUACUGCCCUGGAGAGCAACAUGAAAUUGACAUUAGCUGAACUUGUUGCUGAAGCUGUGGAGGAAUUUGAGCCUCUAUACCAUGCCUCCGAGAUCGACAGCACUGCUUUCAGUGACUUCCUUGCCAAAUAUCCGGCUCAAAUUGUGGUCCUUACCUGCCAGGUGGUGUGGACUAGUGCCGUGCAAAAAUCCCUAGAAAACGAGGGCACGAAUCUUCCGGCUUUGUUCGACGCACAGGUGCGAGUUCUGGAUUUGCUCGCUGCUACUGUCCUUGGAGAAUUGGACUCGAUUACCAGAAAGAAGUGUGAACAUAUGAUCACUGAAUUUGUGCACCAGCGUGAUGCUAUCUCCAAACUCAUCACCUACAAUGCCUCGACGCCCAUGCACUACUUCUGGCUACUGCAGAUGCGCUACGUGUAUAACCCCGAAGGCGACUUUAUUCAGCGGCUCUAUGUUCACAUGGCCAAUGCCAAACUGCACUAUGGAUUCGAGUAUCUUGGAGUUCCCGAGCGCCUUGUUCGUACACCACUGACUGAUCGCUGUUUCUUGACACUUACGCAAGCUCUGUGUCAACGAUUGGGUGGUUCGCCCUAUGGUCCGGCUGGUACCGGAAAAACAGAAUCUGUGAAGGCUUUGGGUCUCCAACUUGGUCGCUUUACGCUUGUCUUCUGCUGUGAUGACACAUUUGAUUACCAGGCCAUGGGCCGAAUCUUUUUGGGUAUUUGUCAAGUUGGAGCAUGGGGCUGUUUCGACGAGUUUAACCGUCUGGAAGAGAGAAUCUUGUCUGCUGUCUCUCAGCAAAUUCAAAACAUCCAGAUUGGGUUGAAGAACGUAGAAUCCGAUGACAAGGCCCAGAUCGAACUUGUCGGAAGAAGACUCAGUGUUAACCCCAACACUGGGAUCUUCAUUACCAUGAACCCUGGCUACGCAGGCCGUUCUAACUUGCCCGACAAUCUGAAGAAGCUUUUCAGAAGCGUUGCGAUGUCCAAGCCCGACAAGGAACUAAUCGCCGAAGUCAUGCUAUUCUCGCAAGGUUUCAAGCAAGCCAAGCGUUUGUCAACGCAGACAGUGCCCUUCUUCGACCAUUGCUCUUCGAAGCUGACAAAACAAGCUCACUACGACUUCGGUCUGCGUGCCUUGAAGAGUGUUUUGGUCAGUUCCGGAGGUCUCAAGCGUACCCGCAUCGCCACCGCAGAGGGUGAUUUGGGCCCCGAUGAGGUCGUCGAACCGCAGAUCAUCGUUCAGAGUCUUCGGGAGACGAUCGCUCCUAAACUGGUCCGAGAAGAUGUCGACCAAAUGCUUGAGAUUCAGCAAGAAGUGUUCGCUGGGGUGGAGUACGUACCGGCGAAUUACGAGAAGCUUACGUCGGCCAUCCGUGAGAUUGCACAGGAGCAGCAUUAUGUCGACAGCGAAAUGUGGAUCACCAAGGCCCUGCAACUUUACCAAAUCCAGACUAUCCACCAUGGUGUCAUGAUGGUCGGCAAGUCCGGAUCUGGUAAAUCGGCUGCUUGGAAGAUCCUUCUCCAAGCGCUGCAGCGUAUUGAAGGGGUUGAAGGUGUUUCUCAUAUCAUCGACUCGAAGGUUAUGUCCAAGGAGGCACUUUAUGGUAGCCUGGAUAGCACUACGAGAGAAUGGACAGACGGUCUAUUUACCGGUAUUCUUAGAAAGAUUGUUGACAACCUUCGAGGCGAAGACUCGAAGCGACACUGGAUCGUGUUUGACGGUGAUGUUGAUCCCGAGUGGGUUGAGAACUUGAACAGUGUUCUCGAUGACAACAAGCUCUUAACCCUUCCCAACGGUGAGCGUCUGAACCUGCCACCCAAUGUCCGAAUCAUGUUCGAAGUGGAGAGUCUCAAGUAUGCCACGCUGGCAACCGUCAGUCGUUGUGGUAUGGUGUGGUUUAACGAUGACACCGUCACGCCCUCUAUGAUGAUCUCCAAUUAUGUUGAGUCUCUCAAGACACGCACUUUUGAAGAUUUGGAUGAUGACAGUGCCCCCGCUGGCCAAGCUGCUAUCAAGACACAAGAUGCACAGGAAAUGGUGUCCGGUAUAUUCAAGCACCUUCUCCAGACCGACGGGCUCAUCCUCAAAUCUCUGGAGGAAGCCAAGAAGUACAACCACAUCAUGGAGUUUACCGAUAUCCGUGCCCUCAACACAUUGUUCAGUUUAUUGAACAAGACCUGCAGGAACGUCCUCGAGUACAAUGUUCAGCACAUUGACUUCCCACUGGACUCGGAACAAAUCGAAUCUUACAUUUCCAAGAAGCUACUUCUUGCCCUUGUCUGGUCCUUUACGGGUGACUGCCCCCUGGGAGAUCGUCAAUCAUUCGGCGGGUUCGUAUCUGCUCUAACAACGACCGACUUGCCGCCUGAUGGUGUCUCAUCUCUCAUCGAUUACGACGUCACUCUACCGAGGGCAGAGUGGACAAGCUGGCAGUCACAGGUCCCCUCCAUUGAGAUCAACACUCACUCCAUCACCCAGACCGAUGUUGUGGUCCCCACGGUGGACACGGUUCGCCAUGAAGAUGUCUUGUAUUCAUGGCUGGCGGAACAUAAGCCACUGCUGCUUUGCGGUCCUCCAGGUUCUGGUAAAACCAUGACCUUGUUUGCUGCUCUUCGAAAGCUCCCCAACAUGGAGGUUGUCGGUCUUAACUUCUCCAGCGCCACGACCCCUGAUCUUCUCAUUAAGACGUUCGAGCAAUACUGCGAGUACAAGAAGACACUGAACGGUGUUGUUAUGUCUCCUAACCAGAUUGGUCGCUGGCUGGUUAUCUUCUGCGAUGAAAUUAACCUUCCAGCCCCUGACCAUUACGGAACCCAGCGUGCUAUUGCUUUCUUGCGUCAACUUGUUGAGCAGAACGGUUUCUGGAGAACCUCCGACAAGACCUGGGUUACUUUGGACCGCAUCCAAUUUGUCGGUGCUUGUAAUCCUCCUACCGACGCUGGACGUACUCCUCUUGCCGAGAGAUUCUUGCGUCACUCUCCUUUGGUCAUGGUUGACUAUCCUGGAGAGCUCUCACUCACGCAGAUCUAUGGAACUUUCAACUCGGCGGUGCUGAAGAUCCUUCCCUUGCUGCGCGGUUACUCCGACUCCCUCACCAAAGCUAUGGUUCAAUUUUAUUUGGAGUCUCAAUCUAGGUUUACCGCCAAGAUCCAACCUCACUAUGUGUACUCUCCCCGUGAACUUACUCGAUGGGUCCGUGGUGUGUACGAGGCGAUCAAACCUCUCGAGAGCCUCUCGGUCGAGGGCCUGGUCCGAAUCUGGGCGCACGAAGCCUUGCGUCUUUUCCAGGAUCGACUUGUGGCGGAAGAAGAGAGAAACUGGACCGGCGAUGCGGUGCGACGCAUUGCGCUUGAGCACUUCCCGAACAUGGACGCGGAAGAGGCCUUGAAGGGUCCAAUCCUGUUCUCGAACUGGUUGUCGAAGAAUUACGUGCCCGUGGAACAAGAGCGACUGCGUGACUUCGUCAAGGCCCGACUCAGGACUUUCUGCGAAGAAGAGGUCGACGUUCCUCUUGUACUGUUUAAUGAUGUCCUCGAACAUGCCCUUCGCAUUGACCGAGUCUUCCGCCAGCCUCAGGGCCACCUCAUUCUCAUUGGUGUUAGCGGUAGUGGUAAGACCACUUUGUCCCGAUUUGUUGCCUGGAUGAACGGGUUGAAGGUCUUCCAAAUCAAGGUGCAUGGAAAAUACUCAUCUGAGGAUUUCGAUGAUGAUCUCAGAACCGUCCUCCGCCGAGCAGGCUGCAAGGGAGAGAAGAUCUGCUUCGUCAUGGACGAAUCAAACGUUCUUGAUUCUGGUUUCCUCGAACGCAUGAAUACCCUGCUAGCCAACGCCGAAGUUCCUGGCUUGUUUGAAGGAGACGAGUUCUCGUCCUUGAUGACCGCUUGUAAGGAAGGUGCACAGCGCCAGGGUCUUCUCCUCGAUACUCAAGAAGAACUCUAUAAGUGGUUCACGCAGCAGAUUGUCAAGAACUUGCACGUUGUGUUCACCAUGAAUCCUCCCGAGGAAGGCCUGUCGUCAAAGGCGGCCACAAGUCCUGCGUUGUUCAACAGAUGCGUUCUCAACUGGAUGGGUGACUGGUCUGACCAGGCUCUCUUCCAGGUCGGCUCGGAACUGACCCAGUCGAUUGACUUGGACAAGGCAAACUUUGUUGCUCCGGAUAGCAUCCCUGUGGCAUAUCGGGAAUUGAGUCUUCCGGCAUCACACCGAGAAGCCGUGGUCAACGCGAUGGUUUACAUCCAUUACUCUUUGCAACGAUUCAACGGGCGUCUCCAGAAACAACAAGGCAAAACUACAUUCCUUACACCUCGCCAUUACCUCGACUUCGUUGCCCAUUAUGUGAAGCUUUUCAACGAGAAACGCGAGGAUCUAGAGGAACAGCAAAGACACUUGAACGUGGGUCUUGAGAAACUUAGGGACACUGUCGUUAAAGUUCGCGACCUGGGUGGUAGCCUCGACCAGAAGAAGCUACAGCUCGAAAAGAAAGACAAGGAGGCGAACGAAAAGCUCAAGCGUAUGGUCGCUGACCAGCAAGAAGCCGAACAGCGCAAGGCAGUCUCUCUAGAGGUCUCAGCGGCACUCGAAAAACAGGAGAAGGAGGUAGCCGAACGAACGGAGGUUGUCCGCAACGACCUCGCCCGUGCCGAACCUGCUGUUCUAGAAGCCCAGAAGAGUGUCAGCAACAUCAAACGUCAACAUCUCACCGAAGUUCGAUCGAUGGGUAAUCCUCCGGCCAGUGUUCGUCUUGCGCUCGAGGCCGUGUGCACAUUGCUGGGCCACAAAGUGGAUAGCUGGAAGACUAUUCAGGGUAUCGUACGAAAGGAUGAUUUCAUCGCCAGCAUUGUCAAUUAUGACAACGAGAAACAGAUGACAAGAGCCCAUCGGAACAAGAUGCAGAACGAAUUCAUCUCGAAGGAAGACUUCACCUACGAGCGAGUCAGCAGAGCAAGCAAAGCCUGUGGUCCUUUGGUCCAAUGGGUUGAAGCUCAGGUGAACUAUUCGGCGAUUCUGGACCGUGUUGGACCUCUGCGUGAGGAAGUUGAACAGCUCGAGGACCGCGCACAACAGACCAAGGCCGAAGGACAAGCCAUCCUUAACACUAUCCAGGACCUCGAGAGCAGCAUUGCCACCUACAAAGAAGAAUAUGCCGCCCUUAUCAGUGAAACCCAAGCCAUCAAGACGGAAAUGUCGCGGGUCCAAUUUAAGGUUGACCGAAGUCUGCGUUUGCUUGACAGUCUGUCGUCUGAACGUACCAGAUGGGAAGAGGGUAGCAAAUCCUUCGAGACUCAAAUCAGCACCCUGGUUGGCGACGUUUUGGUUGCAGCAGCGUUCCUCGCCUACGCCGGUCUUUACGACCAACAGUUCCGUAAGGCCAUGAUUGACGACUGGGCCAAUCAUCUGGUGCAGUCUGGCAUCACAUUCAAGCCACAUAACCCCAUCACCGAAUACUUGUCGAAUGCCGAUGAACGUUUGACUUGGCAAGACCAUUCUCUUCCGGUUGAUGACCUCUGCACGGAGAAUGCCAUCAUCCUAAAGAGAUACAACAGAUAUCCGCUGAUCAUCGAUCCCUCUGGUCGAGUCACGGAAUUCUUGCAGAAGGAAAGCACGGACAGGAAGCUCACUGUCACUAGCUUCUUGGACGACUCUUUUGUCAAGCAACUGGAGAGUGCCCUCCGAUUCGGAAACCCAAUUCUGAUCCAAGACGCCGAGCACCUGGAUCCCAUUCUCAGUCAUGUUCUCAACAAGGAGUACCAGAAAACCGGAGGACGUGUUCUUAUUCAACUGGGCAAGCAAGAGAUUGACUUCUCGCCAUCGUUCAGGCUUUUCUUGUCAACCCGAGAUCCGUCCGCAGCUUUUCCGCCGGACAUCUGCAGUAGAACAACAUUUGUCAACUUUACUGUCACCCAGAGCAGUUUGCAGACGCAGUCGCUCAAUGAGGUCCUGAAGUUUGAGCGACCCGAUGUGGACGCCCAGCGCAACGACUUGGUGAAACUGCAAGGAGAGUUCAAGGUUCACCUUCGUCAACUGGAGAAGAGGCUUCUCCAAGCCUUGAAUGAGUCUCGUGGUAACAUUCUUGAUGAUGACAACGUCAUUGAGACUCUCGAGACCCUGAAGAAAGAAGCCGCUGAAAUCUCCAAGAAGAUGGUUGAAACCGAAGGAGUUAUGACAGAGGUGGAGAGCAUCACUCUGAACUACAACAUCAUUGCCCGCUCUUGCAGUGCUGUAUUCGCCGUGUUGGAACAACUUCAUCACAUCAAUCACUUCUAUCAAUUCUCUCUUCAGUACUUCACCGACAUCUUCAGCUCGGUUCUCUACCAGAACAAGCGUCUUGCCCAGGAGAAGGAGCAUAACGCUCGAAUGCAGAUCAUCCUCCGUGAUCUGUUCGUCACAACUUACCAGCGGACUUCGUUGGGCUUGGUCCAAAAGGACCGCAUCACGUUCGCAAUGCUUCUGGCGCAGGCCUCUCCUUUCCCUAUGGACAAAGACAUUCUUGACACCAUCUUGGAUGAGUCAACGGAGAGCGUGGACCUCUCGACGUCUCCUGAACUAAAGGAGCAGGUGACAAAUAAGGUUGCCAAUAUGUCCAUGUUCAAGUCGUAUUCCCCUGCAGUGACCCCAGAGCUGUGGGAGCAGUUCUUCACGGAAGAGCUGGCUGAAAACUCAAUCCCCACACUCUGGGAGGAGAACACAGAGCCAGUCAACCGAUUGCUCCGAUCAUUGCUGCUCGUCAAACUGUGUAGAAUGGACAGAUUUGUGCCAACGGCAGAACGCUUCAUCGAGGCUGUGUUUGGCCGCGAGUUGUUCGAAGGCAGCUCUGAUCUCAAGGACAUUGUUGACCAAGUCACCGCAACCACUCCUAUCGCUCUUAGCUCCAGCCCUGGUUUCGAUGCUAGUUACAAGGUGGAUGCUCUUGUUGAGCGUGUGCAAGCCACUUGUUCCAAUCUUGCCAUGGGUUCCAACGAAGGUAUCGAGAUUGCCGACAAAGCCAUCAGCAGCGCCGCAACUGCAGGCACUUGGGUCCUGGUCAAGAACGUGCAUUUGGCACCAUCUUGGCUACAAAGUCUAGAGAAGAGGCUGGAAUCCCUCAAGCCUCACGAGGACUUCCGUCUCUUCCUUGCCAUGGAAUCUAGCCCCAAGAUUCCCGUCAAUCUGAUCCGUGCCUCCCGUGUGCUCAUGUACGAGCAACCUGCCGGUGUGCGCGCCAAUAUGAAGGACUCGCUGUCUUCGCUCUCGACACGGGCUGGUAAACCACCAGUGGAGAAGGCGCGUGUUUACCUGCUGCUCUGCUUCUUGCACGCCGUUCUCCAGGAGCGACUUCGUUACGCACCUAGUCUUGGCUGGAAGGGAUUUUGGGAGUUCAAUGAUAGCGACUACGAAUGCUGCGCCUUCAUAAUUGAUCAUUGGGUUGAUGUGGUCGCCCAGGGUCGGUCCAACGUGGCGCCUCAGAAGCUUCCCUGGGACAUGCUCCGCACGCUCGUGACCGAGACCUACGGCGGUAAGGUCGAUGACUACGGUGAUUUCAAGCAGCUCGAAAACCUGGUCCAUAGCUUCCUCACUCCCGCAGCCUUCGAGGACGACUACAAACUGGUUUCCGGCGUCGAAAACGACGAAUGCCUGACUCUUCCCGGACAGACCGGUAUCCGCGACUUCGGGGAAUGGGUCAACCGACUGCCUGAGAGAGAACCGCCGACGUACCUGGGUCUACCGGCCAACGCAGAGAAACUGCUACUGGUUGGGCAUGGAAAGAAAAUGGUGUCGGAUCUUGCCAGGGUCACGGAGUUAUUGGACGAGGGAGAACAGUUGAUGAUUGAUGGUUAG